AUGAUCUUUAAAUCCAUCACAGGCACCUUCAUUCUGGCCUCCACGGCCGUGAAUGGCCAUAUGAUUAUGGCAAAGCCCAAGCCUUUCGGCGGCGCCGACCUUGACAACUCUCCGUUGACCUCCGGCAACUUUCCGUGUAAGUUGAAAGGCGACCCGGCAACGUUUUACAAGACUGAUGGCCUUGAUAACACGAUGGCGGUUGGAGAGAGUCAAACCCUGUCCUUCAAAGGCUCAGCCGUGCACGGUGGUGGAUCCUGUCAAUUAGCCAUCACGAAAGACAUGCAACCCAGUGCGUCGACAUCUUGGCAAGUAAUCGAAUCUAUCGAAGGCGGUUGCCCGAGUAAAUCCGGCCAAGGGGCGGAUACCUACGACUGGAAAAUUCCCGAUGGAGUAGCGCCUGGGAAGUACGUUUUCUCGUGGUCGUGGAUCAGCAAGCUCGCGGGACAGCCCGAGUACUACCAGAACUGUGCCCCCAUCACAGUUACGGGAGGUAAAAAGCGAUCUAACGCUAAUGAGACAUACGAGCUUCUCUCGCGAGAUAAUUCCUUCCCCGAGCUUUUUGUAGCUAACCUCGCUGAUAUCAAUUCAUGCAAGACCGAACCCGGUACAGACCCCGAGUACCCUAACCCCGGAUCUAACGUCGUUCGUCCUGGCACGAACAACAAGUUCGCGAAGGUCCAAGGAGAUUGCGUUCCCAAGGGGGCAAAGUCUGGAGGAUCGAGCGGAAACGUUGAUGUGAACGCUGGUAGCGGGUCAAGCGACAGUGGAAACUCGGGAUCAGCUCCGGCCUCAAGCAGCAGCAGUGCCUCUGCAGCAGCGAGUUCGCCAGCAGGUCCCCCCACGCCUUCGGGGUUCAUAACGAGCGUUAUCCCCGCGGGUAACAGUGCUCCUGCAUCCCAGGCUCCUUCUUCCGCCGCAGCUGCUAGCUCCGCUCCGUCCCCGGCAGGAUCCUCGAGCCCAGCGGGUAGUAGCUCUCCCGGAUCGGGUUCCGCCGGAGGACUUACGGGAGCUUGUACUUCUGAAGGUAUGUUUAAUUGUAUUGAUGGUACCUCGUACCAGCAGUGCGCGUCUGGGAGCUGGUCGGUUGUUAUGCAGAUGGCUGCGACAACUAAGUGUGCCCUCGGACAGACAAUGACCCUUUGGGGCCGAGACGAGAUGAAGUCCGAGUAA